GAGGCGGGAGGGGGAGAGAGAAAGAGGGGCCAUGGCGGAAACCCUAGUCUCAUCCGAGGGUUUGGAGAUGGAGCCGAUCGACUUGGAGACAAUUCGGAGUCGAUUAAGAGAGCUCUCAGAACUGCGAAUUAAUGCCGUAAAUGCGUACAAUGACUUGCAUUCCGAUCCCAAAAAAUUAUUGGAAGACUGCGCCUCCAAUUUCCAGGGGAAAGUCAAGCAGAUAGAAUCUGAGGAUCCAAAUGUUGCUUCCCUAGGGCUUGAGGAUUUAGAGGCUUUCAUGGAACUAUUGAAAAAAGAGUUAUUAUCGGCAGAGGAGGAAAACUUGAGGAUCUCUGGUGAAAUUGAAACUCUGACAAGAACAGUUGCAGCAGAUUCGGUCCAACUGGAUGGUGAUCUUGAAGCAUUGGCUUGUUCCUUGAAGUAUAUUGAUUCACAGUUUCAUCUUCCAGAUGGCAGAUCGAUCCCAGGAGAUACACAUGAAAGUUCAACACACAUGUUUGACGGCAACAAAUUUGAGAUUCUUGAACUUGAUCAGCGGAUUGAGAGGAGUAAAAUCAAUUUAAGUGUUUUGCAGGAUCUAGAUUAUACCUUGAAAAGGGUUGAAGCAAUUGGACAAAUUGAAUACAUGUUUUCUGGAGUAAAGGUUAUUGAGCUCGAAGGCACUUGUCUUAGGUUGUCCCUAAAGACACCUAUUCCAACCCCAGAUAGCUUACUUCUUAGACAUAAAUUGGAUUGUGCUAGGGAGCCAACUGUCUUGGACCAUGAGUUGCUAAUAGAAGUUGUUGACAAGACUUUGGAACUAAAGAGCGUGGAG